CACGUUGCAUCUCCCGCACUGGAGACCCGUGGCGGCAAAGGUGAUGCGCGCGCUUCCUUCCCUCAGCCCGGGCGAAGCAGGGCCACCUGAGAGGUGAAGCUGCCCGCCGCGCACCCAGGAGCUGGCAGGGCUUUUCGUUUCCAUUCGCAAAUAACCUGAGCACAACUUCGCCCUAUUCCUCCUCUUCCUCCUCCUCCUCCGGCCAACCUUAAAUUCACCCCGUCGGUAGGGCUACCAAGCGUGGGUGCCGCUGGACAGAAGGCGCAAGAAGAGGCGGGCGACGAGAAGAAAGGACGAAGACGUCGCGAAAAACGAAGAGGGUGGGGAGUGUGCCAGGGCUUGGAGUAACCACACCCCGAAGGCGGAAAGUCUUCGGGUGGGGGAGGAGAGAUGGUGACAGGUGCUGUGGGAGCUGCUGUUGGCAUCGAAGGAGGACGGACUCUUGGGAACAGCCGCCGCCGCCGCCGCCUCCCACUGCCGGGUGUGCAGCCCCUUGCCCUGCAAAGGAGCUCCCGGGCAGCUGCCGGGGCCCGCCGUCCCUCGCGCCCGCUUCGCCCCGUCCAGCCAAGGAAGCGCGCGCGCAUCCCGGGACGAUGGGCUCCCCUCAGGCUUCGCCGCUGGCGCACCUCUUCAAAGGGACCUUCGCGCACGCCACCCCCUCCUCGCCCAUGGACCUUCUCCAAGGCCACCUAUUGGGGGUAGAGGAGAGCGGGAAGAUUGCAUUUUUAGAACCAGCUGAUAAACAAGAGAAAUUGGCACAGAAGUGGGGAUUCAAAGCAUCUGACAUACGAGAGCUGAGUAAUUAUGAAUUCUUCAUGCCAGGUUUGGUUGACGCACAUAUCCAUGCUCCACAGUACUCUUCUGCAGGAACACGACUAGACCUGCCUCUUUUGCAGUGGUUGAAGACAUAUACUUACCCAACAGAGAACAAAUUCAAAGAUAUUGACUUUGCUGAAGAAGUGUACACUAGAGCUGUGCGGCGAACACUCAAGAAUGGCACAACUACAGCCUGCUACUUUGCAACAAUUCACACAGAUGCCUCUUUGCUUCUUGCUGAUAUUAUAGAUAAAUUUGGCCAGAGAGCCUUUGUGGGUAAGGUUUGUAUGGAUCAGAACACGUGUUUUCCAGACUAUAAGGAGACCACUGAAGAAUCUGUCAAGGAAACCGAAAGGUUUGUUAAAGGAGUAUUGGGGAAAAAAUAUCCACGAGUACGUCCCAUAGUAACACCACGUUUUGGACCAGCCUGUACAGAGGAAUUACUUAGUAGCCUUGGUAACCUGGCAGAGACUCAUGAUAUUCAUGUGCAGAGCCACAUAAGUGAGAGUGAAGAAGAGAUCAAACUUGUGGAGAAAAUGUUUCCAUCGUAUCAACAUUAUACUGAAUUGUAUGAUAAAAAUAAACUUCUUACAAACAAGACCAUAAUGGCUCACGGCUGCUACCUUUCUGAUGAAGAGCUUAAUGUGUUAAAUCUUAGAGGAGCUGCCAUUGUACAUUGCCCUAAUUCAAACAUAUCUAUAUGUAGUGGGCUUUUUAAUGCAAAAAAGGUUCUCCAGCACCAUGUGAAACUUGGCCUUGGCACAGAUGUUGCUGGUGGCUAUUCAGCUUCCAUGCUUGAUGCUAUCAGAAAGGCAAUCAUGGUAUCUAACGUUCUUCACAUUACUCAACAACAUGAAGCUGGCUUAACUCUGAAGGAAGCUUUCCGGCUUGCAACGCUUGGAGGGAGCCAAGCUCUGGGACUAGAUACUGUGAUUGGAAACUUCGAGGUUGGCAAAGAAUUUGAUGCACUGCUUAUUAACACCAAAGCUUCAGACAGCCCUUUCGACUUGUUUGCUUCUGAUACUUGCGAGGACACUAUCCAGAAAUUUCUGUAUCUCGGUGAUGACAGGAAUAUUGAGGAAGUUUAUGUAGCUGGAAAACUGGUGGUUCCAUUUUCAAGUUCUGUAUAAAAUUAGACCUAUUGUCUGCAAAAUGCUCCGCUGGUAUAUAGCUUGAAAGAAGUGGGUGAAAAUGAGGUGCCUUGUUGUGAUGCUAUGUUCAUUUUGUUUAGCUUGCUUCUGCUUUGCAGAGAAAGAUUGUCAAUCUGAUCAGAUGCCAAAAGGGAAAAAAAGAUAUGUCAGAAACAUAUCAUACUUACACAAGACAAAGACAGCCCAGGCAAAAACAAGCUUGACUGUGGAAUGGCUACUUUGACAUACAGUGGUGCCUCGCUUAGCGAUUGCUCCGUUGAGCAAUGAAAUCACUUAGUGAUGGAGUUUUUG